AUUUUCAAUCCUGCACUCGAUCGAUCGCGCGCGCUCUCUCUCUCUCUGUGUCUCUCUCUUUUUGGCGGAUUGAAAAUGUAUGCAGUAGCUACAACGGCUAAUCUCCAAUUGGGAGCAGGAGCAGGAGCAGGAGCAGAAGCACCACUGCGAGGAGCAAUUAGCAUGAAUAAGAAUAAGAAUGUGAAUGUGAAUGUGCGUAGUAGAGGAAAUGAUUGGGGUUUGUUUGGGAGUGUGAGGCAUUGGGAUGAGGUGUAUCCGAUGGCGAGGUUGAAGCUGGCGACAGUAAUGGCCGCCGAGAAGGAGAAGCAGAUGCAGAUACCCCCGCACUGGCGAUUCUGUUACUCUCUCGUCCAUCAAAUGGCAGUCAGUUUCGUCGCGGCUGAGCAGAUUAUGGAUAAGGACCUUCGUGACGCUAUUUACAUCAGUAUCUUGGUUCUUCGAGCACUGGACACUAUUGAAGAUGAUUCAACUCUAACAACUGAGAUGAAAGUGUCGAUUCUACAAACUUUCCACCAUCACAUCCGCGAUGGAAAAUUGCGUUUCUCUAAUGACACACAAGACUACAAAAUUCUAAAGGAGAAGUUCCAUCAUGUCACCACUGCUUUUCUUGAGCUCGACUACAGAUAUCAAAAAGAAAUUGAAGAAAUCGCCAUGAGAAUGGGUGCAGGAAUGGCGAAAUUCAUUUGCAAAGAGGUGGACACAAUAGAUGAUUACGAUGAAUAUUGCCACUAUGUGUCUGGACUUUGUAUAAUAGGAACAUCAAAGAUAUAUAGCACUUGCAAAGGAAAAGAUCUGGCUUCGGACGACCUCUCCAACACAAUAGGUUUAUUUUAUCAGAAAGCAGAUAUCAUCAAAGACUAUCUGGUCGAUAUAAAUGAUACCCCAAGACCUCGUAUUUUCUGGCCCCGUCAAAUUUGGGGUAAAUAUGUAGACAACCUCGAGGACUUGAAAAAAGAAGAAAACUCGGCCAAGGCAUUGCUUUGUCUCAAUGAAAUGGUCACAAAUGCUUUAACACACGUCGAAGAUAGUCUAAAGUAUUUGUCUGCUUUGCCGGAUCCAGCCAUCUUUCGUAGUCUCGCCAUAUGGAUGGUGUUGGAAUUUGGGGCAUUAGCUUUGUGCUACGAUAACAUUCAAGUAUUUCGAAGGGGUGCCAAAUUAAGAUUGGGUCUCAAAGCUAAAAUCUUCUACACAACAAGAACAAUGUUUGAUGUGUAUGAAGCUGUGUACAACUUCUCUCUUACACUAGAAUCUAAGAUCAAUCAAAACAAUUCUCACUGUAAGGAGGCAAAGAACCUCGUUGACACAAUCAAGAAACUUUGCGAAAACUGCGGCACUUCAAACAAAAGGAGAUCUUACAUUAUUUAGACCAGCCUCCAAUCGACGAGAUCUCUUGGAAUGCUAAAUCCAAGAAUUGCGAGGAUAAACUUGAAUAUCAUCAAAUGUGAGGAUAGUUUUGAGGUCAUGGGAAUUUCACUAGAAUGAGUUCGCACAAACAUUUUGCAAGACCAAGGGUUUGCUUACUUUUGCGUGUUUUUAGUUUAUAUAUAUAUAUACAUAUGUGUGUAUGAUUAUGGUCACCAUGCUGGAUUAACUAUAAUCAGUAUAUAAAACAUGAAGGGCUAGCAUAUGACUUCAAUUACUACAAUGUGUUGUGUAGAUUGUUGUCACAUGCAGUACCUUCAUAUUUUACUAAUGUGUUUAUUAACUCGGAUCAAUGGUAGAUAUUGUAUGAAUUA